AUCUCUUUUAAUGGCAGGUUGCAUGCACUUGCAGUCCCGCAUCUUUUUGUAGCAAAGAUAAGAUAGAAAUUUGAGAACUUUAGUGCCAAGUAUAGUAACUACACUACACUGCUUAUCAUAAUUUUCUCGACUCAAAAGCUUAAUUAGUAUGAUUUGACUUGCCAACCAAGGUUUUGGUGAGCCGUAUAGGAUCCUUUCAUUCUUAACAGAGGUCUCGGGUUCGAAUUCUUGGAAUAAAAAGAAAUUCAAGCGCUUCCUCCCUUAGUUGGUCUAUGCACUGUGAAUCCGGAUUAGUUUGGCCCUAAUGCAGUUGCCGGACACUAGGCGGGAACAAAAGAAGUAUGAAUUUGACUAAUUACACUAUUAGUGUAACAGCUGGUAAUAAUUGUCUUGUUUCUCAGGCUACUAAUCUCUUUUUCUUGGACUUUAGCGUAAUUAUCUUUAAGGUGACCAUACUAGAUAGAAGUUAAACACAAUUAGUAUUAGCAGCAGAACAACUAUUUUACAUUUCCUGAGUCGAAGGUUCUAUUGAAAACAACCUCUCUCUACGUACACACUCUAUUUUCCCCAAACCCACUAUGUAGGAUUAUACUGGGUAUGUUGUUGCCAGCAGAACAGGUACUUACGGAGCGGCAGGACCACAAAUGGGGAGUCAUCUGAUUCCAGAAUUGCUAUUAAGAAGAGUGCUUGGAUAUAUAGAAAAACUAGAGCAAAGAGAUGAUCAGGAUCAAUCGAGUCAUAAGCAAUAGUUUCAGUUGAACUCGUAGAAUCAGUAUAUAUCCUCCUCUGACUGCAACUACGCACAACCGGGAGAAUAUGGAGGGAAGCAGCAAGGAGCAAAAGAGUGAAGAAACAUCUGAAAAAGCCGUCGUCCCAAGUCAUGAUCUGAACAGAAAACCAAGGUUUAGGUGGACAGUGGAGGUCCAUGAUCACUUUGUUGAAGCAGUGAAUGAAUUAGGAGGUCCAUUUGAAGCAACUCCGAAGAAUAUAAUGAAACUCAUGGAUGAUGAAGAUAUCACUUCAGACCAUAUCAAAAGCCAUCUCCAGAAGUACAGACAGAGUAAAGACAUCAUCAGCACCCCUAACACUAGUAAAGGCAAGUUUUUAAUAACUUAUAGUAUAACUAUAUAUGGACAGUACUGAAUUCUUUUGGUACAUAUAUAUAUAUAAAGGUACAAUUAAUUUUUAGAGGUUCUGUCCUCCUUGUUUCUCUUGGAAUUUUGAGCAGUUAAGAGAAGUGAAAAGAAUGAAGCUGCUGUACAUAUGCUGCAUGAUAAAGGGUAAGUGGACAGCACGAGUUUAUUAAAUCUCUGUUUAUUGUCUUGAAUUAAUUAAUGGCAAUUCUAAAAUGUUAUUUAACAA